AUUGGACCAGUAAGGAGACUCUCAGCCGGACACUGCCGACUGCAGAGCCUGGUUCUUGCGGGGUUGUAUCUGUCGGCCUCUGUCCCGGCAACUGUGAUCUCAACGCAGAGUAACAGACAGAGCAGUCUGUUGGUCGGAGAUUUAAAGACUCAUGCCGGAUACUAAAGUCCAUCAAUCUAUUUCACAAAACAGAUAGAAGAUUACUUUGAAUUGAUACUGAGAAUCAAAACUUAAUUGAAAAAAAAAAUGGACAGGCUUUUAAAAAAAGCAGGAAGAGAGCUGGAGAAAUUUGGAAAAGAAAAUAUCCUCCAAAAAAUUGAUCACAAGAAAAUUGACAGGGGAGUAAAGCAGAUUUUAAGGAAGGACAAGACCGUGAGGGAACAAUCAGAAGAGACCAAUCUUCCUGGUGAGGCAAGUGAUGCACCAAGCAUGUGCCAAGGUGAACCUACUACAACCAACACACUUGCUGCAGAAACUCAAAAUGAAGAAAGAACGGGUGAGCUAAAAGAAAAGCUUCAAAAUGUAUUUCAGCAAGGAAAAGUCCCAUUUUAUGUCAGGACGCUGACUGUUUGUGGCUAUAGGAGCGCAGGAAAAACUACCUUGCUCCGCAGGUUACUGAAUGAGCCCUUCCGGGAGGAUGAGCCUAUAACAGAUGGAAUACGGAUUGGACAAAUUGAUAUUAAAAACUGGGAAGAAAAGAUAGAUAAUCCAAGUGAUGAUUUAACAACUGCAAUUGCAACUUGUGUUUUAAAUACCGACAAACAACCUCUAGACGGAACACCUGAAGAUCAAGCGAAUAGCACCACUCACUUAAAUGAAGAACCGAAAGACAAGACUGAAGAUCCUGUAAUGGAUGAACAUUUUACCAAUGAAAUACUGAUGAAGCUGCAAAAAAACAGUGAAUGCUCUGAUGGGUUUUCAGUAUUUAGAUACUAUGACUUUGGAGGUCAUGUUGAAUACCAACAGAUGCACAUGCCUUUUUUACCUCAGAAUGCUGUCUACCUGUUGGUUGUUAACUUAAACCUGGAAUUGAAUGACAAAUUACCAGCAAAGGAAAGGCCACUUCGAGGACAAAAAGUAAUGGACACCUGUGGAUACACUGUGAAAGAUUAUUUGGACUACUGGAUCAGGUGCAUUUCUUCACUCUCUAGAGACCAUAAGGCUGCUUAUCGUGUCAUUCUGGUUGGGACUUUUGCCAAAAGCUGCAACAAUGCUGAAGAGAUCUUGAGCAAUAUUUACAGCUAUCUUCAAAAACACUUAGCUGCUUCACUUUAUGCUGAGAAAUUUGCUGUUGACAACUCUGUCGACGAUGAUAUGGGAGUGGGAUACACAGAGCUACGUUUGGCAAUUGACAGGCUGUCAAGGGAAGUUGCAUUUGAGGACGACAUUGUUUUGUGUCAUGCAAAGUUGUAUUACCACAUUCUGAACUGCACUGAGAAAUAUCUGCUGUGUUCAGACAAGUACUUAUCGUGGUAUGACACCAUGGGAAAUCCCCAAGGUACAGAUGUGAGCAGUGCUCACAAGAAGCUUCAAGUGCAGGCAGCACUGCAAGUUUUGAACUGUAUGAAGUUUGCUUACUUUUCUGAGCCAGUCUUGGUCUUGGAUCCUCAGUGGCUUAUUGACCUCAUGGCUGCAUUGAUUCCAAUCAAUUGUGCCCCGCCACUGAAGAUACAAACUGCACCAUUUCCAAUCCAAAGUCAGUGGAUGAAACUCGUCAACAGUGGAAAAUUUUCAGAAAGCCUCUUGGAUUAUAUUUGGCCGAUUGAAACAUUAAAGCUUAAGGAUGAACUGCUCGACAUCUUGAAAAGCUUCAAUUUAGUUGUGUUGUCAGAUCCAGCAUCGAAGUGUUACCAUCUAUGGUUCAAACGUAAACAGAGGGAGGUCUUUCUGUGUCUGUAUGAAAACCAAGCGAUGGACUUCUUCCAGAAGGAUAUUUUUAACGAAUUGAUACCAAUGUUUCAAAAGGAAUGGCCCUAUAUUGAAUCCCUGGAUGCUACAUUUGUUCGACUUGAAAAGAAAAAGAAUGCCGAUUACAAAAUACAUCUGGAAUUAAGAAGCGACAGAGUGUUCCUUGUGAAUACAAACGAGUUUGAACAUGAUGAUUUUGUGUACAAAGUUGGUUCUAUUGUGGAAUGUAUGCAGAAGAGGUACCCUGCCCUGUGUCUGUUUGUGGAUGGCAAACCAUACAAAGCAGUUGAACUGUUCCUUCAGGUCAGAAAGAGCAUAAAGAAAAAUGCAGAUGUGGUGAACAUAGUGAAGAUCUUUAUGGAAGACAAGCCGGAAAGACAAAAGGACAUCUUUUUCAGAGACCAGUCAAUUGACAUCAGGUUUGAUACAACCACAGAAGAUAUGGUGCAAAUGAUUCAAGAAAGAAUGCUGAUAAAAACUCUGGCAGAACUCAACUGGUUCCAUGGGCCUGAUGCAGAAGACAUUUGUAGGAAAAAGUUAGAACUUCUACCCGAGGCUUGCUGCUUUCCUAAAGGAGCACAGCUGGUAAAUAACUUGUGCGAACUGCUAAGAAAAUUACACAGCAAUUGCACUGAGGCCAGGAGAAGCAUCCUUGAUGAAGUUGGAGAAAUCCUGAAGUGCUGCGUCAUCCAGUGCAUGUUAGACACAACAGAGCGACCUGUGGAUCACAGUGAAAUCCCGUCCCUGGACACCUAUCAACUGUUCAAGAAAGCUCAGCCCGGAGUUCCAGAAAGUGCCAUAAGGGACAUAGAGCAGCUGCAAAAUUUAUCGAUGUCCGACGAGUGCAGCAUGUCUGAGGAUUUUAUAGAGAAACUGACAAUAAGCAUACACCGUCUAUUCUGGAUCACAAACCUGGUCUUUGUCAAGUGUGUCGAUGAAAAAAACCCUCAAGAAAAAUGUUUGGAGGAGAAAAUCAGUAACCUGUACUUUAAAACUUAUCAACAAUAUGUUGAACAUGAAAAAGAGCUUGAUAUACUGAGGAACGAACUACACAACUUGACAACAGCAGUAAACUCAGUCCCAAAAGUCACAUCCUGCAGAGAUUGGUUACACAAGAACUUCAGUAAAUUUGUUCAAACAAUGGGGGAAGGUGUUCACAAACCUGUGCUGGAUAAGCUUUAUGAGAAACAUCUGAAUGAAGAGGAAAUAAGCAACAUAUCAUCCAAAAAAACUAGACAAGAAAGGAACCGGGAAUUACUGAGGCUAAUGAUCAACAAAGGUGAAGAGACUUGCAAACUUUUCCUUCACAUCUUCUGCUCUGAGGACCCUUCUAAUGAAAUAACUCAAAAGAUCCAAAGUGAAAUAAAUCUUGGGCUUCCUGUGGAAUCUGAUAUUUAUUCAGACCUGAUAGGAUCAAUGAGUUAAACUUCAAAUAUGAACUAAGCAGAAUUCUGAAAACAUUUCAUACAAUUACAUUCAUGUAUACUUGACUGUUAUUUUAAACCAUUGGAAAUUAAAUUAUUUUUCUAAUGCACUGAGUAUUAAUAAUGUAAGUCUUCGUAAAACCCACCCAGGGGACAUAGUUUUAUUUUAUCAAGUUUUGUAGCAAUUGAUAUGAGCUUGCACACAUCUGUAAAAUUGAUCUUGGAUACUGUGGGUAGUGAAAUUCCUGUAUAGAUUUUGUAUUUUGUUUAUUUCCAGAACUUUGCAAUGUAAGUUAUUAAAAAUUGAAAGACUUACAUUUCUAUGGAGCUAUUCACAAACUCCAGACAUGCUGAUGUGUUUUGCAGCCAAUGAAGUAAUAUGUCUAGCCAAUACUCCAGUUGUAACUCAUUCAAAAGGGAUACUUACUAGAAACGUGUUUCCUGGUGCUAAAUAGUUGCAAAAUGAAGUGGCAUAUUUGAAUUUGUAAAAGCAGCAUUAAUCGCAUGAUUAUUGUAAAACAGAUUAUAAUUGGACUGGAUAUUGUAAUGAGUUCGUACAUUGCCUUUAAUUUUCGAUGGACAGCAGUCCCACACAACCCAUGGCAGUACGACAAUGGUCGAUUUGCCUUUGGGUUUAUCAUGCCUGCCAAUGAAAUUCUAUUCUUUUACUGUUUGAAAGUGUCCCAAAAUGCUGGAUGAAAAAUUCCCUCGCCUGCUUUUGGGAAAUAAGUCAUCUUAUUUAGGCACAAAUGCUACAUAUUUAAGAAAAAAAAUGAAGUUGAAUUCAUAAUACCACCAGCGUACAAUGUGAAAGUGGAACAUUUCAGUGGUGUCCUUUGAAGUCUGUUUUAGUAAAACUUCUUAAAUUCAGCAAUUUGGUGACACUGGACUUGCAACUUUUCUAGACUCUUGAAUGUCAUUUGAUUUAAUAAAUAAA